AAAAUAAAUAGUUCGCUGUUGUAGUUUGGCAGUGUUAACGACGUUUUAAUGUUUGUAUUAAAAAAAAUUGGUAUUGUCUAAUAUCGUAAUUAUUUCUUAUAACUCAUUAUACCCCUAAUCCAGUUUUACAGUUUGGGAAAAUAGUGUUGGCAGCCAUUUAGAAUUUACUUUCAUCUUGCUAAAAAUUUAUAUAUGUAUAUGAAGAAGUGCAAUUGUAAUUUUUUUAUAUUUUUUCAUUAAUUUAGUUUAUUCAAUAAAGUUAAAAAGUUUUCUGGAUUAUCUUCACGUAUCCUAUUAUCUUGUCAGUCAUUUUUAUUGUUAAUGUUUUAAUUAUAAUUAUUUAAAAACAGAAUCUCCUUAUAAAGUUAGGUUAUGCUAAACUACCUCAUGCUUUUGUUACUAGAAAAAUAAUUAAAAUAUGGCAUCAAAUACUAAUAACACAUCUGUUAUAAGUGAACUUUCUUCAAUUAUAAGAAAAUGGGAGGAUGAACAAAAUCAACCAAAUUAUGAUCCAGUACCAACUCUUACCAGAUUAGCAGAAAUCGUGGAAGUAGAAACUGAAAAUUAUUUAAAAAUGGAUCCUGAUCCUUUCGAUGAACGUCAUCCUUCACGAACAGAUCCACAGUGUAUUUUAGGUCAAAUUUUAAAAGCUAUUUUCAAGAAAGAUAAUUUCACUAGCAAGCUUAUUAAUGAUUACCUUAGAGAUACAUUCUAUUCGAGAAGUGGUAUAACUGGUAAAGAUAUAGAUCAACUAAAUAUUGCAGCUUGUAGAUUAAUGCUCGAUAUAAUGCCUGGUCUAGAUACAACUGUAGUUUUUCAGCCUGAAUCUGACGCUUUAAUUUUACGUUUGAUGAAAUGGGUUACAAAUUCUAUAGAACCCCUUCAGAGUUAUGCCACUGGACUUUUAGGAGCUGCAAUGGAGAUACCUGAGAUAGCAGCGAGAUUUAGGGAACAAAAUGGCAGAUUAGUACCAUUGUUAUUACAACGGCUUAGGAGGUUGAAGAACAGUUCUGAAUUUGUUAAUACCACCAAUAUCACAAGGCCAUUUGCCCAUUUGACUUCAAUUAGAUCACCACCGUAUCGGGCAGAGGGAAUUAUCAAAUCUCCACCACCAUUUAAUACAAGAAGAAGUAAAGAAAAUGGUAUUUUUUGUUCAGAAAACUCACAUGGAGAAAGUCCUUCGACAUAUUUAGAUUCAACGGAACAAGAGAACGAAAGGAAAAGAAAAAAACAUGUCGAAGUCCAAACGUCAUUAAGAAACGAUAUUUUAGAGUUAACAGAAUCCGAAUCCACCCCGGUUAAGAAACGACAACGUUUAGACCCACCUGAAACCCCAUUACCGGAUUCGGUAUACCUCGGCAGCCCGCAGAAAUCCAACACUUUAUUUUCCGAAACCAGUAACUCUUCUUGGGCCGAAUUGGAAAGUUUCGUGAUAGGUACAGUUCAAAUUUUCCCACCGACCAUAGCUACCAGACAGAUUCUAAUAAUAAGAUAUUUGACAGCUAUGGGUGACCAUCAAGAAUAUCUCAGUCACGUAUUUGAACACGAUGCCUUGGAAUUGAUUUUGUGUUACGUUAACGUUAGAGUUACCAAAGAAGCCAGAUUAGCCUUCGAAGCUCUGAAAUACCUCGCGGCUUUGUUGUGCCACAAGAAAUUUUCCAUCGAAUUUAUACAGUGUAAAGGUUUAGAGGUACUUUUAGAAAUCCCUAGACCUUCUAUAGCCGCAACCGGAGUAUCCAUGUGCUUCUAUUAUUUAGGAUUCUGUGAAGAAGCGAUGGAAAGAGUUUGUCUUUCGUCAAAAUACAUAGUUAGCGGUCUUGUAAAAUACGCCUUAUGGUUAUUGGAAUGUGCCCACGAUUCCGGUAGAUGCCAAUCGAUUAUGUUCUUCAGCUUAACUUUUCAAUUUAAAGUGAUCCUAGAAGAAUUUGAUGCUCAAGACGGUCUUAGAAAACUUCAUAACGUCAUUGCAACGUUGCCUAUUUUAUUACCGGAUUCCGAUACAGGACAAAUGAACGAAGAACAAGAAGGGGCUUAUAGACAAAUAAUAAGACACGUUUGCGUGGCGUAUCGACGAUAUCUAGAAACCCAUUUAUAUUUAAAGGUGGAAUCUAUUAGAAGAUCCCAGUUGAGACCAAACGAAAGACCAGCGCCAUUAUUACCGGUUCAACCGGCUUACAAGGCUUGCAAAUCGUCGGGACCCGAGGAAAUACAACAACAAAUCGAUAUGUUGUUUCAGAAUAUGCCUUAUCGCAGUCAUUGGGCGCCUAUAGAUCAUCUCCUCAAACUAGGAGGUAUAACGCUGCUACUGAAAAUAAUAGCGUUCGCUUAUGAAUGGAAUUACAGCGGUAGAGCUGAAACUGUUCGAAGUGCGCUGGAUGUACUGGCUAUUUCUUGCGUUAUGCCCAAAGUACAAUUGUUAUUUUGCGAUAGAGUCGAUUUGCCAGAAGAAACUUUGACCGUUGGUAUCAACAUAAUCCUGGGAGCAGCCGAAGGUGAAAUUGUAGCUGAUGCCGAUGUGCAAAAAGCUGCAUUAAGAGUAAUCGGUAAUUGUGUGUGCGCCCCAAUUAGUAGGGUUGGAGGUUCGGUCGGUAGAUUUUCGACCAAUUCCACCAAUUCGCCGAAUAAAAAAUUGAAAUAUAAAAGUUCAGAGGAUCUGAUACAGAAAGUAUGGGAUUGCGUUCGAUCUAAUAGCGGUAUUAUGGUACUUUUGCAACUUAUGCAAGUGAAGACUCCCAUAACGGAUGCUGAUUGUAUAAGAACUUUGGCUUGUAAAGCUUUAGCCGGUCUAGCUAGGUCUGAAACAGUCAGACAGAUCGUGUCGAAGUUACCAUUGUUUACCAGCGGGCAAUUACAAAAUCUUAUGAGAGACCCUAUACUACAAGAAAAACGUCAAGAACAUGUUUUGUUCCAAAAAUACGCUUUGGAACUUCUGGAACUCCUAUCCGGUAAAGGAAAACACACCGAUACAAAUUUAGAAGCUUCUUUGGCAAAUAUUCAUCGGGCAAGCGUAGUGGCACAAACAAAAAUACAAUUCAACGAUAGGCAACUUCUACAAUUAAUUCAUCAUCAUUUGGUUCAGAAAAAUUUUACUGAGACCGCUAGUGCGUUAGUUAAAGAAGCAAAUUUAAGUCACGCUAUUACAUCAGUUGGUAAUCAACAUCCUACUAGGUUUAGAUAUUCUUCAACUUUUACACCUUCCAGAGGGGUUAGGUUAUCGUUUUCGUCGCCUAAAUCUCUACCGCCGUCUGAAACUUCUACUUCAGUUAAUGGUACUCCAAGUUCAUCUACGGCAAUCAAAAUUAUCAAAAAACAUCAAAUUCUACCUACUACCCCGUCACACAACUCCCGGUUACAAAAACAAAUCUCCGGGGAACCCCACGUUUGGUUAGGACAAACUGCUAUCCAUGAUGACAUAUCCCCUUCUUCCGAACAACCCAGGGUUACUUUAGAUUCCAUUAUAACGGAGUAUCUAACCAACCAACAUGCUUUAUGUAAAAAUCCCAUGGCUACAUGUCCGCAAUUCAAUUUAUUUAUUCCUCAUAAAUGUCCUGAUCCGAAACCUAGAAUAACAACUGCGAACAAUUACGUUAUGAGAAGUGCCAGGAAACAAAUCGGAUAUCAAUCGAAAACUAUGGAUAGAAAAUUCGUUCAUUCAAGAUUUUGUCCAGUACAAACGAUCAGAUCUUCCACAGAUGAAGGUUUCUUCACUUGCGUGAAAUUUUUGCCGGGGGAUAAAAUGCUGGCAGUUGGAGACUACAAUGGAGAAAUCCACCUUUUCAAUUUACAUAAAGGGACAGAAGUUAGUAUGUUUACCGCCCAUGACAAUUAUAUAGUACACUUGGAACCGAACAGGACGGGCGACUUUUUAUUAACAAGUUCAACUUGGGGUAAACCCGUUUCGGCUUUGUGGAAUUUGAAGGGUUUCCAAAUGAAGAUGCCCUUCGACGAAGAAGAACACGUUGAAUUCGGUAAAGUUACUCAAGAAAAAGUUAUAGGAACUAAAGGAGAAAUAGCGACAAUUUACGAUAUAAAUACAGGCCAGUCAAUAGCCAGAUUAACGCCGAGAAUAACAAAUCAAUAUACGAAAAAUAAAGCUACUUUUAGUUAUAACGAUGAGUUGGUGUUGUCCGAUGGUGUUCUAUUUGACGUAGCGUCAGGAAAAGCGAUCCAUAAAUUGGAUAAAUUGAAUCAAACACAAAGCGGAGUCUUCCAUCCGAACGGUUUAGAGAUAGUGUCAAAUACUGAAGUAUGGGAUAUAAGAACAUUCCACCUUUUAAAAACAGUACCAAUUUUGAACCAGUGUUCCAUAACGUUUUCUCCAUUGAAUACAGCGAUAUACGCAAUAUCUUUGGAACAGGAAAUGGAUGAUGGAGACUCGACGUUCGAUACUAGCUUCAAGACUGUAGAUGCCAUCGAUUAUUCUAGUAUAACCACGUUUGAUGUUAAAAAAAGCAUUUACGAUUUGGCGUGUAGUCGUUUUGAUACACAGAUAUCGAUAGUAGAAAAUCAAGGGAUGUACAAUUCCGUACAAGAAUCAGUUGUUCGAGUGUAUGACGUAGGAAGAAGACGAGAUUACGAAGACGAACAGGAAGAAGACGAUGAAGAAGAAGACGAUCUUGAAGGAAGUGACGAUAACGAUUCCGAUAAUGAUGACGGCGAUAAUAAUGAUAACAACGACGAUAACAAUGAUGACGACAACGACGAUGGGGAUGAUAAUGAGGAUAGCGAUUCGGAAAGCUGGACCAGUUUAUCGAGCGGUAAUGUUAGUUCGUUUGGUGCGGAAUCGUUUUUAGGAGUUCAAAUGUACCUUCAGAUCAAUUCAAUUGAUAAAAUUCGUACAGUUCGAUCCUCAACAACACAUAUGAUGCCAGUAGUAUAAAUGUACCACCAUAUAUCUGUAUAGUUUCAAUGAAUAAUUGAAAUAUGACUUUCGAUGAGAUAAUGUACAAUAGUUCAAAUUUAUCUUUCAAUCCAUAAAGUUUCAUAUUUUGUCUAGUUUUAUUUCGUUUACACAUAAAUAAUGCAGAUGGCAUAAAUUAGUUCAAAUAUAUCUAUUAAAUUUAUAAAAUAUGUUGCAGCUGGUUCAUUAUGUUUUAAUAGUUCAAAUGUACAUUCGGAUAUUGUAUAUCUGUAUAAUUUGAAUCAUUCUGCAUGUAUGAUGGUGAUAAAAUGAAUAGUUCAAAUCUAACUUUCGAUAAAAUGAUGUACAGUAGAUCAAAUUUAUAUUUAGGUCGAUACAGUUUCAUAUUUUCUGUGUAUACACUAAAAAUGAGAUGCUAGUAGUUCAAAUGUAUCUUUAAACAUCCAUGAAAUUGACAAAAUCUUAAGUUUUAUUUCGUUUACAAUAAAUUAUACCGAUGAGAUAAAUUAAUUCAAAUGUAUCUUUAAAUAUCAAUUAAAUUUAUAAAAUUUGUUUAUUCGUUAUUUCAAUUUGACCUUAUAGAUUGUUUUAAUAGUUCAAAUGUACUUAAUAUCGAUAGUUUCCCAAAUAUACAGUGUAAAUGAGAUGCCAGUAGUUCAAAUGUACCUUUAGAUAUCCAUGAAAUUGACAAAAUCUUUAGUUUUAUUUAUAAAAUAUGUUCAAUAAUUAUUUAAAUUCGACCUUAAAAGUGGUUUAUUAUGUUUUAAUAGUUCAAAUGUAUUUUUAUUCAAUCGGAAUGUGUGAAAUUUUUUUGAUCUAUUUUCCAGCCACUUUCCAAAUAAAUUUUUGAGGAAUAUACUCACGACACAAUAUGAAAUUUAAAAAAAAUUAUUUAUGUAAUUUUGUUAUAUUGAUUUUUGAUGUGGCGCAAUAAAUAUCCUUGUAAAUAGAGCUUGUAUCUAUCUAGAUGAUAUAAAAACAUUAGCGUUGUUAUAAUUAUUGUAAUUGUCGAAAAAUAAAUGAUAGUUUGUAAUAUAUAA